AUGCUGUCGGUGCUGAAGAACGCGCUGGUCACCGGCGCCAGCAAGGAAGACGUGGCGAUCCGCAAGAAAGAACUCGACUGGUUCGCAAGAAACUGUUGGAUUAUAACUUCGCAGUCGACAGUCAUUGCGGGUUUUUCUUUUUCGCAGCUUUCCAAAGCCCCCGACAGCCCCAGCAGCAGCUUCGCCGCUGUGCUGCACCUCGCGCUCACCGGCGCCUCCUUUGCUGCUGCACUCACUGUCCUCGUCCGCGCCACCCUCACGGGCAUUUACGCCCAGGGUCUGGCGCUGCGGGGUCCCGCAGGUUUCAGCGACAUGGCAGCAGCAGUGGACCGGCUGCGAGCAGCACAAGACAGGAUCCUGCAGGUGUUUGCUGCUGCUUUGGUUUGCUUCGUCUUCUCCAGCUUCACUGUUGUCUUGGCAAAUGAAAAGCAAAAAAAAACUUCUCUCAAACUCCAAACAGCCCUCGCUGUUGCUGCUAUCGCCAUGGCCCUCGUCGCCUGGCGCUCUCUCCGCCUCUUCUACCACAAACGGUGCCUAGGGGCGGCCGGGGGAGGCCUUCGAGGCAUUGAGGGGAUUUAUGGCCGCCUGGGGGAUUUGGACGCACUUGUGACUGCAGAGUAA